ACACAAGUGUUCGCACAGUUUCCAGAAUACGUACGUUGGAUAACUUUAUCAUUUAUCAUUAGUUUGUAUACUGGUAAUUUGCUAUCUUAAUAUUGUUAAUUAACACCGUAGUGACGACGAAAAUUUGAAAUUGACAAUGAAUUUACAUUUGCAAUACAGUAAAUGUUUAAUCUGAGACACGUGGUGACGUGGAAACGUACACAUGCCGCAUUAUGUUAAGGACACGUUAAAGAUUCUUCUUGACAGAGAGCGAGAAAGUCGACGAGGAGAGGGCUUUUUGCCAUUGGAACACAUUCUUCAGAUUUCACAAACAUUACAUCAUUGUUUCUCUAAUUUCGAGCAUUAAUGCUCAUAAUAUAUCGAUGAGAUAUGCGGCAUCAGGUUAGACCAAAUCCUCUGCAAAUCUCUGUAGUUGAUCCAUCUGUCACUGUGCGAUAUAAUACUUGUGUUUAUCCGCAAAAUGUCUGCGGUAGAGGCAACACCAUUCAUACGCACCAUCGAGUGGGAUAUGAUGGACAAGACCAAAUUCUUCCCGCUCAGCAUGCUGUCCUCAUUCUCAGUCAGAUGUUGUUUAUAUCCUCUGACAGUGAUCAAAACUCGUCUUCAAGUACAAAGACAAAAUCACAUGUACAAUGGUAUGAUAGAUGCAUGUAGAAAAAUUUACAAAGUGGAAGGUGUGUCUGGCCUUUACAGAGGAUUUUGGAUAAGUUCCAUUCAAAUUGUUUCCGGAGUGUUUUACGUAUCAACAUACGAGGGUGUACGUCACUUGCUCAGUGACACAUCUCUUGGACGUGUUGAUUCGAAGGUCAAAGCAUUAAUAGCCGGCGGCGCGGCAAGUUUGGUCGGACAAACGAUAGUUGUUCCUUUUGACGUUCUAAGUCAGCAUCUAAUGGUUCUUGGUAUCAACAACACUAAACAUGGAAGAAUACAUGUGGAUAAAAUGGGAAUGAAUCCUUUAGGUCUGACUCUUGAACCCGGAAAAACUCGCGCACAAAUCUCCGCCGAUAUAAUAAAGCUGAUUUAUCAGAGAGAUGGUUAUCGCGGUUUUUAUCGAGGUUACGUGGCGUCUUUGUGCGCGUACGUACCUAACAGCGCUCUUUGGUGGGGACUGUACACCGUUUAUCAAGACGAGCUUAUAAAACUACUUCCGGGAUGGUUCUCUCACUUGGGUAUACAAGCGAUAGCGGGCACACUGGGUGGUUUUACAACUACGAUUAUCACAAAUCCUUUGGACAUUGUGAGAGCGAGGUUGCAGGUGCAACGGUUAGACAGUAUGCUGAGUGCGUUCAGAAUACUAUGGAUCGAGGAAGGACUGCACAUGUUCACCAAGGGACUAUCGGCAAGACUCGUACAAUCCGCUUGCUUCAGUUUCUCGAUAAUUUUAGGGUACGAAACCAUCAAGCGAGUUAGCAUAACUGAAGAAUACAAGAGUUACAUCCGGUGGUGAGCCUCAAAGAGUUACUAUUACAAUUAAUUUAGCGCAAAUAUAAACAAUAGUUCUUUUUAUAUGAUCGCGACAGUGCCGUUUUCACACAUUGUAUCUUUCACGCACCAAAGAACAACUUGCCACAAUCCGAUUAUCAAAAAAAAAAAAAACAAUAAAUAAAUAAAUAAAUAAAAUAUUCUACGAAAAGAAAAAAAAAGUUACACUUUUUCAUAAAAUCAUUUUUUUUUGGCGAUGCCAUUAAGUUUACAUAUAGACAAUUUGCCUUUUAUUAUUGUACACACGAAUAAAAAGUAGCAACAAUUAAGUAACAAUUGUACAGUUGGCCAUCUUACCUCAUUACCGAAACUCGCGCAUCGCAACAUUAACACGUUGCGUAAUCUCAUAGAUUUUGUACAAUUGUAUAUAUAUAUAUAUAUAUAUAUAUACUUAUAUAUAGAUCGCGAUGGUUCUCUUGAAUAAUUUACAUGUGGCAACCAUUAGACGCGAGUGAGUAUUCGAAUAAAUGUAAUAAUAAUAAUAAUGCGCAUUUUGUAUUUUUAGCCACAUGUCACAUGGAGUACAAACUUUGUAACAUGUGUUAGAUAUGUUACUGUGAUAAAAAGAAUACAACACGCCCUAUUCGUAAUUUGAAGAAUGUCCCAUGCGCGUAGACGCGUUUGUUCGUGACGACGAUGUUUUUAAUUAAAAUGCGAUCCUAGUCAAAUACGGGCAUAUGUAUAUAUAUGUAUAAAAUAUAAUUAUUGGCCAUCUUAAAAAUACGAAUAGAGCUUGAAUCUGAAUUGAGCGGAUUCGUAGUUCGAAAACAAUUUGUAAACAUAUUACGUCGGUGAAAUACAAUGUCGGUUAUUAGAAAGUUAUUGUUUAAGUAAGACACACACACACUCAAGAGUAUUUAAUAUAAUCCCCAUAAUAUAUUGUACAUGUGUAUACAGAGUAAAAAAAAAAUAUCCCUUGCAAAACAAAAACUUCGGGAGGAAACAACAACCAAGAAUAAUAAACUUUCUAGGCUGAAUUUUGUACAGAUGCU